AUGGUUUUGGCUGAGUGCUGUAUCCUCAGUGUCGUAUUAAUGAGUGGUCCAUCAUCGGCAACCUUACAACUGCUGGCGUCCUCGGCACGUGUUGAUUGUGAUUUUGAAAAGGACAUGUGUGGGUGGACCACUGGAAGAAACUUUUCGUCCCCUACGGGCAGUAAUCAGUUUUGGGCUCUGUGUCCACGUCUUCCCACCUCCAACGACCUUGAAGACACAUGCGCUGGAAACGUAGGGUUCAAGUUCGCAGAUCCAUUUUCUCGUCAUAAUUUAUGUGAUAGUAAACAGACAGAUAAUUCUAAAGGUUUUCCAUGCCACGAUGGUUUCGUUCUCAGCUCCAGUAACAAAGGUGUUGAGCCUCCUUUUAAUACUCAGUACAGCACCUUCUAUACAUCCAACAUUCUGAGCGAGGAACUGCCAGGAUUUUUUCUCUACAGAUGCCUCCAUUAUUCGUAUUCCAUGAAAGGUCAGAGUGUUCUUAUUGUGUCCUAUCUGCCCACAAUAACAGAAGCUAAGACUGACGCCAUUUUGAAGGAGCACAGAGGCCAUUGGUUGACUGGUCGUUCAGAAGAGUGGAUCAGUGGUAACAGUUUUGUGGAUCUUCCUCUCAUUCCAAAUUUUAGGAUAAUAUUUAGAGUUUGGUUUAAAUACGAGGGCGAUAACAUCGUGAAUUUAGACAACAUCAAAGUCACAGAGGGAUUAUGUAAUGUUAGUUGUCCUCUGGACUCAUUUCGUUGUACCAGUGGAGAGUGCAUUUCACCUACCCUUGUUUGUGAUGCUCAGCAAGACUGUGAAGAUAUGUCGGAUGAAAAAACAUGUGAUUACAUAGCAGUCAGCAACCAUUCAAGCGUAAAUUCCUCGCAACAAGCAGACUUAGAUAUCUCAUCUCGUUGCCCUUUUUGUCCUCGUGAAAACAAGACAUCUUGUGUGGCUUUCUGUCCUUCAACUUGUGACUGUGAUGGAGAUACUUACCUUUGUCAAAGAUCUGCGUCUUCCGCCUACACCUUUUUCGCUCAGCUCUCUGAAGUGGAUUGUGAUUUUCUCAACAUUACGGAGUUAGGACAGGGGAUAUAUCAUCUUGAUAUUUCUUCAUCCCACAUUCGUUCUCUGAACAUCACUGAUUAUGUCAAAGUGGAAAAACUCACGGUUACCGAAUCCACCAUAGAGACGAUCCAUAUACCUGACCAAGUAGUAAAUUACGUACAAUUUACGAAUUUGAAAACAAAUUCAAUAUCUUUUUUCACUUAUUUUAUGUACCUUCAUGUGGUUGGGAGCCUUCAACAGUUCAGUGCUUCAGCUUUGCUUCAUCUGCCCUAUGUGAACCUUGAACGAAACAUCUUGUCCAAUGCUACUGUGAUAUACAAAAUUUGGUCCAAGUAUGCAUCAUCCAUGAAUACCUCGCACAACAAAGCAGUCCUUAAUAAUUGUAACAUAUACCAAACCAAUACUGUGAAGGGCGUGGAAAGUAAUUAUUUAGAUCUGAGUAAUAAUAAACUUAAGACAUCUUAUGUGUUUAGGGGAACAGAAAUAUUACUUAUUAGAAACAACCUGUUGGAGAGCGUGGUCAAAUCUCUUGAUAAGACUUAUAUUAAGACUCUGAAGACUCUUGAUAUGUCAUUCAACAGAAUCACGCAUCUGCACCUGGAGGACUUCACUUAUUUUUUUAAUCUCAUGUAUUUAGAUCUACAGUCUAACAACAUAUCAUGGAUCGAUGACGAAACGUUUGAGGAACUGAGCAACUUGUGUUUUCUAGAUUUAUCUAGUAAUUUAUUGCAAAGUAUCAAAAGGUCUUUCUUUCAAAACCUAGAAAAGCUACAAUACCUUUAUUUACAGAGAAACCUAAUCAGUACAAUAGAGGUCGAAUCAUUUUAUUCCUUAAAAAGUCUUGUAAUAUUAGAUUUGUCUAACAAUAAGAUAACCUCUUUAAAAGGAAAAUAUUUUCGAAAUUUGGAAGAAUUGAGAUAUCUCUAUCUUCAGAAUAACAAGUUUCAGGUGUCGGAGGGAAUGUUUGAUGGCUUGUCGAGCCUGAGAUUAAUGCAGGUAGAUUUUUUCUCUCUUUGCUGUGCAAAGCCAAGAAAUAUAUACGAUAUAAAGUGCAUAGCUCCUGAAAAUGAGAUUUCUUCUUGCACUAAUUUAAUAGCUGUACCCAUUCUAAAUGUCGGUAUUUGGUACAUUGCACUCUUUGCUGCUUUUGGAAAUUUUGCGGUGUUUUGGUACAAGAUAAUCUAUCUCAAGAGACAAUCAGCCAGGGCCCACUUCAUUUUCACAAUUAAUUUAAACUGGGCAGACUUUGUUAUGGGCAUAUAUCUUUUCAUUAUUGCUAUCGCUAAUUUAGUAUACAAUGGGCGAUAUGGAUUAGAGGACUACACUUGGAGAAACAGCUAUUUUUGUACCAUCGCUGGAAUACUUGCUACGCUUUCUAGUGAAACAUCAGCAUUUCUUGUGUUUUUAAUUACAAUGGAUCGACUUAUAGCUAUAAAAUUUCCAUUUUCUGGAAGGGGGUUUACAAGAAGUGGAGCGAUUUUCCUGUCUGUUCUUUCCUGGCUUGUAUCUCUUUUUCUUGGUCUUUUGCCUAUAAUUCCUAUGCAGACUACAUUCUUUGACAGUUACUAUGCAAGGUCUGGAAUUUGCAUAUCCUUACCUCUAUCCGUUGUCAAAAAAUCGGGAUGGCAGUACUCCAUGGCGGUAUUCAUUGGUUUGAACUUCCUUCUUUUCACGGGAAUUUUAAUCGGACAAAUUGCGAUUUUCGUAGAGGUUAUAAAAGUUGGAAGUAGUGUUACUUCUUCAAGGUCGAAGCAAAGGGAAAUAAGUCUGACGAAAAGCCUGGCUGCUAUAGUCCUUACAGAUAUGUUCUGCUGGAUCCCGAUCGGAACAAUAGGCCUACUGACCUUCUUCGAAAUCGAUGUGUCUAGUGAAGUUUAUGACUGGAUCAUUGUCAUAGUGCUCCCUAUUAAUUCCGCCCUUAAUCCAAUCAUCUACAACUUUACUGCCUUUAUGAGGCACAAGAGAAGAUUUGAGGCAUCUGAAUCAAAUGUCUUGAAACAAGAAUGCGCAUUACUUAAAAAGAAGUUAGAGGCUAUGCAGUCGUUAAACUCGAACUGUACUUGUCAGAAAAGGAGUACGGCGAGACAACCAUCUAUAAACAUUGAUGUUUUUCCAACCGAUUCGACGUUUGAAAGAGAGACUCAGCAAUAUGGCUUAGGGGUAACCGUCGUAAGAAUGGACACAAAAUUUUGA